CAAACAUUGCUGAUUGUGCACUAUCAGGCGCGUUAUCGAAGACGGACCAUCGCACGCGCGGAGCGCGCACUCAACCGACAUCGUAGCCGAAUGGAAAAGUUGCUGGGGGAGAGAGAGAGAGAGAGAGAGAGAGAGAGCUGGAUCCAUCGCCGCCAUUACUGAAUGGAACAGGAGGGGAGGGAGCGAGUCUCGGAUUACACAUACCACAGAAAAUUAAAGAAAAAUAAAACUUCUGAUAUUUUAAGGGAUUUUAUAUAACGUUUUCCAAUGAUCGAAAGGAAAAAAGUGAUGCUGUUUAAGGAAGACUGAAAAAAAUAUAGAAAAGAAAAAAGGAAGAGUGAAUGCUACCGCUUUUUCGUGGUGUCGGAGCUGGGAGCGACCAUUAGGAAGAUGUUGAAAAAGGGGAAGUAGCAGCCUGGAAUUCUGAAAGUGGAUAAAAGAAAAUCCAGGAUGAACACCCCCCUCCCUAAAAUGGAAAUACUGCUUCUUCCACAUGGACUGGAAAAAGAAUGAUAAUCACAUUAAUUCUUUGGUGAAGGAAAGAAGAUGACUGAGGGAAUAUAAUGGCAAAAAACAAGGAACCUCGCCCCCCAACUUAUGCUAUAAGCAUAGUUGGGCUGUCUGGAACAGAAAAGGAGAAAGGCAACUGCGGAGUUGGGAAGUCUUGUUUGUGCAAUAGAUAUGUGCGGCCAAAGGCUGAUGAUUAUUACCCAGAGCAUACCUCUGUCUUGAGCACAAUCGACUUUGGAGGACGGGUUGUUAACAAUGAUCAUUUUUUAUACUGGGGUGAGUUUACAUAUAGAAAUGACGAUGGAUUGGAGUGCAAAAUUCAGGUCAUUGAACAGACUGAGUUUAUUGAUGAUCAAACCUUUCUGCCUCACCGGAGUACGAACUUGCAGCCCUAUAUUAAGCGGUCAGCUGCAGCAAAGUUGCAGUCGGCAGAGAAGCUGAUGUAUAUCUGCACUGACCAGCUAGGCUUGGAGCAAGACUUUGAACAAAAACAGAUGCCUGAUGGAAAGCUUAACAUUGAUGGUUUUCUCUUAUGCAUAGAUGUGAGCAAAGGGUGCAAUAGGAAAUUUGAUGACCAGCUUAAAUUUGUAAAUAACCUGUAUGCACAACUGGCAAAAUCAAAAAAGCCUGUUGUAAUAGCUGCAACAAAAUGUGAUGAAUGUGUCGACCAAUACCUGCGGGAAAUCCAGGCAUUUGCUUCCAACAAAAAGAACCUCCUUGUGGUAGAAACCUCUGCACGGUGCAGUGUGAAUGUUGAUUCCUGUUUUAAUACCUUGACUCAGUUGAUAGAUAAAACGAGAGGCAAACCCAAAAUAAGUCCCUAUCUGGAUGCUUAUAAGAUCCAGAGACAGUCCGUUGCUACAGCAACAGACAAGUUUGAAAAGCUGAUUGUGCAAACAGUGAAAGAUUACCACACAAGUUGGAAAGCAUCGAGUCAUAAAUUAAAAAACCACCCUGAUUAUGAGAAUUACAUAAACUUGGAAGGCAGCGGGAAGGCCAAAAACACAUUUUCCAAACACAUAGAACAACUGAAGCAGGAACAUAUCAGGAAAAGAAAAGGGGAUUAUCUUGGAACCCUGCCUAGAAUUCUUGAUAAUCUUCUUGGUAACCUGGAUGAGAUUGAGCAUUUGAGCUGGUUAGAAGCCCAAAAUCUUUUGGAAAACAGGCCUGACUUUCCAUACUGGUUUGUAGUAUUGGAGCACACCCCAUGGAAUGAAACAGACCACAUAGACAAAGUCAAUGACAGGAGAGUUCCUUUUGAUCUCCUUUGUACACCAGAAGGAGAGAGAAUUUAUCAAAAUCAUGUGCAACAUUUAGUUUCUGAGAAGAGGAGGGUGGAGAUGAAGGAGAAGUUUAAGAAAACCCUGGAGCGGGUACAGUUUAUCAGUCCAGGGCAGCCCUGGGAAGAGGUCAUGUGUUUUGUAAUGGAGGACGAAGCUUACAAGUAUAUCGGCGAAGGUGAUCGCAGAGAUGUUUACACUAAGCAUCAACAGGAAAUUGUUGAAAAAGCCAAAGAGGAAUUUCAGGAAAUGCUUUUUGAACAUGCAGAACUGUUUUCUGAUUUGGAUCUGAAUGCAACCCCAAGCUGUGAUAAAAUGAGUGAAAUUCAUAUGGUUCUGAAUGAAGAGCCCAGAUACAGGGCCCUACAGAAACUUGCACCGGACCGACAAUCUCUGCUGCUAAAGCAUAUAGGAUUUGUGUAUCAUCCUACAAAGGAGACUUGUCUCAGUGGCCAAAAUUGUAUUGACAUUAAAGUUGAGCAUGUGCUUGCUAACAGUCUGGUUCAGCUGGAUCAUGGACACCCACAUUUUUAUCAUGACAGUGCCAACAUUGAUAAGGUUAACCUGUUUCUCUUAGGGAGGGAGGGGUUUGCACAGGAACUGGCAAAUGAAAUUCGAGCUCAGUCUACAGAUGAUGAAUACACUCUGGAUGGUAAGAUCUAUGAACUAGAGCUUCAGACCAUUGAUGCCAAUUCAACAUUGCUUUUGAGCCAUUUCUGGACAUCUGCCUUCAAACCUCAUGGCUGUUUUUGUGUGUUCAGCUCCAUAGAGUCACUUAAUUUUAUUGGUGAUUGCAUUGGUUUAAUCAGGGCAGAGACUUCACAAAAUAGAAGAGACAAAUAUGUGGCCCCACUGCCAUUUAUUCUAAUAUUGGCAAACCAGCGGGACAGUGUUUGCAAAAACCUGCCUAUUUUAAGGCAUCAGGGCCAACAACUCGCAAAUAAGCUACAGUGUACUUUUGUAGACAUACCUUCUGGUACAUUUCCACGCAAAUUUAACGAGACCCAAAUAAAACAAGCUUUGCGAGGAAUACUUGAGGCACUAAAGCACAACUUUGAUGUCAUGAGCCCUCUGCCUUCUAUUAAAGACAUGUCAGAGACUGACCUGCGGAUCGUAAUGUGUGCCAUGUGUGGAGAUCCAUUUAGUGUGGACCUCAUUCUUUCGCCUUUCCUGGAUUCACGUUCCUGUAGUGCUGCUCAACCUGGUCAAAAUAACACACUGGUUUUAGACAAGAUUAUUGGUGAUAGUCGACGACGAAUCCAAAUUACUAUCCUCUCCUAUCACUCUUCCAUUGGAAUAAGGAAAGACGAGCUAGUCCAUGGAUAUAUCCUAGUUUAUUCAGCAAAGCGCAAAUCCUCCAUGGCAAUGCUUCGGGCAUUCCUAGCAGAGGUACAGGAUGUGAUCCCUGUCCAAAUGGUGGCUAUCACUGACAGCCAAGCAGACUUCUUUGAAAAUGAGGCCAUCAAGGAGUUAAUGACUGAGGGAGAGCACAUAGCCACAGAAAUCGCGGCCAAGUUUACUGCACUGUAUUCUCUAUCUCAGUAUCAUAGACAAACUGAGGUGUUCACACCAUUUUUCAACGAGGUGCUGGAAAAGAAGAACAAUAUCGAAGGUUCCUUUUUGUGUGACAGCACCAAAGAUUCAACAAAUGCAAGUGAAGAUGUGUUCUCGCAGUCACCCCAUGGAAAUUCACCAGCGUACAAUUACUAUCUAGAUUCAGAGGAUGACACUGAAGCACCACCUCCAUACAGCCCUAUUGGAGAUGACGUGCAGUUGCUUCCAACACCCAGCGAACGCACUAAAUAUCGGAUUGAUUUGGAAGGAAAUGAGUAUCCCAUUCACAGUACUCCAGUGAACACCCAUGAUGAUCGCAAUCACAAAGUGCCUCCACCUGUCAGACCUAAGCCAGCCAUACCCAAGACAAAUGUUAAGAAACUGGAUCCAAACCUUCUUAAGACCAUUGAGGCAGGGAUUGUAAAAAACACAAGGAAACAAUCACGAGUCCCUCUUGCCCAUGGAGAGGAUAUAGAGGCAUCUGAUAACUAUGCAGAGCCUGCUGAUACACUACUAAAGUCCAAAGGCUACCGAGAUGACAUCUAUGAUGUUCCAGAAAAUAGUCAGAAUCGAACUGUCAAAAUGAGAAACACCUUUGGAGGGAUUCACGGCACUCAUGGUGACGAGGAAAAUGGCUUUGAUCGAAUGUCAAAGUCCCAUGGUGGAAGGAGACCUUCAAAAUAUAAACACCGGUCCAAGAUCCUUUUCAGCAAAACUAAAGCUUAUCAUCGAAGAGCACAUUCAGACGCCAGCGAUGAUGAGACUGGGCUUUCGGUACAAAAGAAAAAGAAAGGUAGGGGCCACCGUGGGAGUGAAGAGGAUCCCCUUCUUUCCCCAGUCGACCCAUGGAAGGGAGGAAUAGAUAACCCUGCUAUUACAUCUGAUCCUGAACAAGAUGAUAAAAAGCUCAAGAAGAAGAAACAACCAAAGAUAAAAGAACCCAAAAAGCCAAAACAAAAGGCCACAAAGCCUCUGUAUCCACCUACCCGAAGAAACUGGGAGAGUAAUUACUUUGGGGUUCCUCUCCAGGAUCUUGUUACUCUUGAGAAACCUAUCCCUCUGUUCAUUGAAAAAUGUGUGAACUUUAUUGAAGCCACAGGAUUGUCGACUGAGGGUUUAUACCGUGUCAGUGGAAAUAAGACUGAUCAAGAUAAUAUUCAAAAGCAGUUUGAUCAAGACCACAGUGUGGAUCUGAUGGCAAUGGAUGUGGCAGUAAAUGCAGUGGCGGGGGCUCUUAAAGCUUUCUUUGCUGACCUGCCAGAUCCUCUUAUACCUUACAAUCUACACCCCGAGCUGGUGGAAACAGCCAAAAUAGUUGACAGAAUAGAGCGUCUGCAGGUCCUCAAGGAAAUUGUGAAGAAAUUCCCAUCUGUGAACUAUGAAGUUUUUAAGUAUGUCAUUGGUCACCUGAACCGAGUGAGCCAUCAAAGCAGAACCAACUUCAUGACGGCAGAUAAUCUCUCCAUCUGUUUUUGGCCUACCCUGAUGAGACCAGAUUUUGAAAACAAGGACACGCUUUCUACCACCAAACUCAAUCAGUCUGUCAUAGAAUCCUUUAUUCAGCAGUGCCAGUACUUCUUUUACAAUGGAGAAAUUGUAGAAACGUCCAACCCUGUGGCAACACCACCACCAGCACAGAUGUCUAACGCUGGACACAUGGUAGAACCCUUGGUACCACUGCAGCUGCCGCCUCCACUACAACCUCAGCUAAUUCAACAUCAACUCCAAACUGAUCCCUUGGUAUAAUAAAAAAAAAAAAUAGGAGCACAUCAAUAGUAGCUUUUCCAUCGGACAUGGAUUUUAAUGUCUGGAUAUGCAACUUUCAAAGUCAUGUCAUACAUUCAUUUUAUUUCCAGACAGUUCAGCUGUACAGUUGAUAAUGGCAGUGCUUUCUAAUUUAUACUGUGGAAAUUGCUUUGCACACUGCUUCUCGAGCCUUUUGGGACAAUAUGGGCAUGACUGGAGAGAUUUCUGGUUCUAACACAGCAGGCUGCGAAAUGUAAUUUGGCUGCUGCAUGAAACCUCAGUACUAUCACCUAGCAACUCUUUGUGGAAACUUUUCACAACUUCAGUCGUGGAUCUAAUAUUUAUAGAAACGAAUUACGUAUUUUUUAAAAAAAGCAAAGAGUCAUAUUUGUGUUUAAUCAGUAAAUAUUAUGUAUGCAGCCUGUUUUAAUGGCUGCAUUUUAUGUGCUUUUGUUUUUGGCAAUCAAUCUUUGUCCAAACAUUCUGUGUGGGUGGGAGAGUGCACAGCUGUGGUGUAUUGUGCAACCUCCCAGAUAUUUGCACUGUUUGGGAUGGGACUUUAUUGUGAAAGAGAAUGCAGAAGUGCACUGUUAGAAACAUUAAGUAUCUUUGCACCUUCUAUCUUUUCUGAUACUAGAUCCUGUGGAAAUUAUGCUUUUUUAUGGGGGGGCAUCCCACUAAUCUUAAUCCUACUGUCCUGCACAGCACAAUUCUUGGGGACAUGUUCAUAACAAAGCAGUGUAAUGUUGUUUUUUUCUGUUGAUCUCACAAUGUCUUAGUGCUAUCCAGUUUCAUAGACAUUUUGCAAAAUCCAUUUGUUCAUUAAGCAAAAGGUGCAUGUUGGUUUUUAUUUCACAAAAACAUUUCACUGACGGUCUUUCAUGCUCAGUCUGAUGCAUUUUCAUAAAGAGAUUUUCCUAACAUGAUUGAGGGGAACAUAUACUGGAGGGACAAGUCAUUGGUCAUGGCAUUUUCCAUUCUAGCUUGUAAAUCUUUUCAUAAACAUCUGGUUUAUAAUGUCUUUGAACCAAUUCAGGGUUAUUCCAGAACUAUUAACUGUUUUGGUUCUUUAGGUCUACUUGUGCGUUACCCUCUCCAGAAGAAAAAAAAAACAAAAAAAAACCUGAAGCAUUGCUAAUGUAGCAAUAAAUACUAUGGGGUACUGACACUUAGCCUCUUGGCUAUAUAUGUAUAAUCUUGUAAAACUUAUAUUCAGAUUUUCUUUAUGUGGUAUAAUGUACUAAAAUUGAGUUAGAUUUAAUUGACUUUCUGUGUACUUAAUUCACCAUCUUAUGAUAAACAAGACUCAUUGCUUUUUCCUCUUCUUAAAUUUGGUACAGAUUAUUUUUUGCUGUAAAAGAGGCUGCUUUUAUGUAGAAGUUGUGUUUGAGAGUGUAGUUUGGUGGAGAUAAUGUAAAAUGGUGGACUAAACAGUGAGACGGUGUUGGUGAGAAUCUGAUACAUGAAUAGUAUGGAUGUAAUGUGUUUCAUUUUUUAUGCUUUGCUGAACCCUUGUUAUUUCAUUACUCAUCAGAAAUGCUACUUUGAAACUGGGAAAAUUAAAUCAGUUGGUUCAUAUCUGCAGCUGCUAGCAUACUUGUUUUUGUGUAGUUUUUCAAAGCAAACGUAUUUGUUCAAUGAUAAGAUCUGCCUCGUUCAAACUGGUGUACAAACUCUUAAGAUUUUAACAUCCUCUGCUAUGUAUAAUAGUAAAUAAAUGAUUUUGAGAAAUUCA